UUGACUUCAACAUGGCCGUGUCUGUGAUAUGUAGUAACACACAGAGCAGGGUUAGCUCCGUUUUAAACAGAGAUGUCAAGCAGUUUGGCAAAAAGUUCAUGUUUGAUUGCAGUGAGGAGACCUGUUGGAAUUCUGACCAGGGAGAGUGUCAGUGGGUGCUCCUGGAGUUUCCUGGGCCUGUCAGAAUGUCUGAGCUCAAACUGCAGUUCCAGGGAGGAUUUUCAGGAAAAUCUUGCAAGUUAGAAGGCUCUAUUAAAGAUGGGAAUCUGGAACACAUUAUGGACUUCUAUCCAGAAGACAACAACUCUUUGCAAAGCUUUCCCAUUCAAAAUGCCCCACUGGUGCAGAAGCUUAAAAUAGUAUUUGAAAACAGUACAGACUUUUUUGGAAGAAUAAUAGUUUACUCUUUGGACAUCCUGGGAGAACAAGCUUCCUGAUGUUUGGAAAAGAGAACAAAUGAGAGAACCAGAACAAACAGCAAAAAGGAAACUGAAAAAAACAGCAAACAGGCAGCAGCUCGCUUUGAUGGACAGCUCACCUGAAUCUCUUGCACUCUUUCUUUGAGCACAGAUGGACUUUUUAUUGUAUUAGUUUUAUAUAUUGGGAAUCAAAUGUAUUUAAAUACUCACUAAUAAUUUUUUUUUUUUUUUAAAUAAAUGGCUUUGACCAA